AUGCAUCCGACGGGUUUCGGCUUUUCUUUAGGGGUUAAGCGGCAGAAUACCAACUCGGCGGCCAAAACAAAUGACGUUAUAACAAACCCCAUUACACACGCAAAGAAAAGUCAUUUCCGUCAGGGAAAUAUUCGUGACGGGCUUUCAAGGAGACGGAGCCCCGACGAGCGCCGGGGCGGCCGGCGGCGGAGCGGCGGUCCGUGCGGCAGCCCCGCCCCGCGCCGCCGGCACCGCUCCGCCCGAGCGCAGCGCGGCCCGCCGGGGGCAGAAGGCGGCCCGCAGCCCCCGCCGCCGUGCCCCGCGCCCCCGUACCUGAGCAGCGAGGCCGAGGAGGAAGAAGCGGCUGCCGCCGGCGCGCCGCUCAGGGCCGGAGGAGGGGAAACGGCCCCAACGGGCUCCGGCGAGACCCCGCGGCGCGGCCCGGCACUACCCGGAGCCCAGCGCUCGCGCUCCGCCCGGCCCCGGUGCCCCGCCGUACGGCGGGCGGCGUUCCGCUCUCGCGCGGCCCCCUCCGCCGCUCCCUCCCGAGGCGCAGCGCGACACUCGGCGCUGCUUUCCAGCAGUCCGCAAAGCGCAGCCGCGCGGCUUCCAGCCCCUCCUCCCGGCUUCCAGCCCCUCCUCCCGGCGUGCACGGCGCCCCCUGCCGGCCGGAGGCGGCACCGCUCGGAGCCGGACGGCGCCCUGUCCGCCCCGCCGCGUUCCGCAGCGCUGAACAACGCCCGCGUCCUUACCGACGGCGAGGCGGUCACUGCGGAACAACGCAGCGGGACGGCGGGGCCCGAACGGCCUCUGGGUAGGAUUUCCUCAACGCAGGAGCGGAAAAAACAACAUGAAACUAUGUCUCAAACAAGGAAGAAGGACGUAAGGCAAGAGUCCAAUAAACGCCUCCUAGACAGCGCAGUUCGGCCGGCAGGAAAAAAGGAGCUUUGGGACAGCAAGCAGCGGCUGGAGAUGUCAGGGAGCGCAAAAGGCACACAGAACGCGGCACGCUGCAUCCCACCGGAGCUGAGUAAGCCCUCUGACACUGCGCCACGUCUGAAACAACCGCUGAAACCGGGGAGAAUGGGGAACGGUGCAGAAAUAGAGCAUGAGUAACGCUGGGCAGAGCUGGGCUGUGCUCCGACGGCACGGCGCCCACGGCUCUGCGCAGUCACUGCGCUUUGUUAAUGACCGGCAUCGGAACUGACAGGCAUUGAGAAAAAUUCUGCUGGAAAAAAACAGGAAUUGAAAUAAUAUGUGGGGUUAAGAGGUAGAGUAAUAGGAGCAAGGUCAAAAAGGCAUGGAAUUAAGUACUGGGACUGUAGGUCUGGAUACACACUGGGCAUUACCCCGCACGAUGGACAAGGAUGUGAAAUCAAUGCGCUGUGCAGUCAAGAUACUGACCAACAGCCAGCAGUGCAAUGCAGACAUGGAAAUGCACAAACACCCUCAGUACAUCUCAGUCAAAAGGUUUUUCACAGGGAGACAAACAAGGGGAAGAAAGCAAUGGAAAUUUGGCUGACUGACUUUAAAAGAAAUGAGAGAAAGGAGUUUUCUGUAAGUUGGCUAGAGCCUCCUAACAGCAAAGAAAUCCACCAGCUGGUUUUGUUUGCUGAUUGACUCCUCCUACUUAAACACUGCUUUGAACACUCACCAAAGAUGGCACUGCCUACCAGGGAGAAAUACAGAGCUGCUCUGUGCUCACCAGCAGAGACAUUCCUUCAAGGAAAAAAAAAAAAAAAAAAAAGGAAAGAAAAGAAAAAGAUUUCAGACUUGGUAUCUACAGAAACCCAAAGGUUAAACAGGUUAAAUCGAGUCUUGCUCAAUGUCUAAAUGACUAAUUCCAAUUUCAGAACAGCUUGCAGCCUACACAGUUAUCCAUUUACACCGAGAUCCUCAGCUACUUCUAACUGAACCACUCUGUGCACACCUCAGGACCAGGCAGAACUGAAGACAGAGACAAAUCUUAUCUAAGAUCAAAAUAAUGCCAAACGGCAGGAGAGUGCACUUCAUUUUCAGGAGGGGGGAGUAAAAAACAGAAAAUAAAAAUAAAAAAAAACCCCAAACUAACCCUCUAUCCUGAGUUCAGCUUUAAGAGCUCAGCCUUCCAGGUGGACACAGCUCUGCACUGAAGUGCUGCCUCAGUUUGCUCACAAAUAAAGCUAGGCACAGCUUCUUCCCAUGCAAACACCACCUUUUGGCAGGCAGUCCCUCUAGGCACUCAGAAAGAGAUGUCCUUGCUCAGAUCUGUGCUAACUGCAAGCCUGGUCAUGUCCAGGGUGAUGUGAACAGCGUACGCUUCAGCUCCUAUCACAAAUACACAGAAAUCAUCCAUCAGGGAGCUCAAAAUCACUUGCAGUCAAGGAAGCAACCCAGCUGAAACAGCCCAUCCAUGACCCUUAGAUCACCUGUGGCUGCACAGACUUAAAAUGCACCAUAGUAAUGCAAAUACUGACGCGUUGCAUCAAUUCGUAACUAUGAUUAAUACUAAUCAACAAACAGCCUCUUAUGGUAAUGUUGUGAGGAUGAGAGAAAAAAAUAAUCACGCAAAAUCUGUGGGAUUCAUAUUCAGGUGAUAAAAAACGUUACAGCUCCCAGCAGCCCAGGUGAGGAGCUUACCAGUGAAAACCACUGGGGAUGAUGGUAAAAUCUGCAUGAAAAUUCAUAGCGUGAAAUUUUUUUAGUGGGAAACAAAAAAGAGACUGACGCAUUUGUAGAGUCAAAAAUAAAGUUCUGCAGCUGGCUGUGAGACAUAUUUUAUGGGGAUAAAUAGAGGAAUUAAUGUGAUUCAGCUCGGAGCUUUUGAAAGCUCUGGAAGGUAACGUGCACCACUCAGAGCUGUUUAUUUUUUAGACAGAUGGAAAUGUAAAGUAUCCCCUGUUACUGUCAACCUUAGAUGCAGGAAGGCGCCUCUGCUCACCCAUUUCAUGUUAUCCAGCCUGAUACGGCUUUGAAAGGUGAGAUGCAACUUCUGUGCAGCACAUUAGAACACAUAAUGUGACCAAACACAUGGUUUUUAAUUAUGAAUCAGCAGCUAUUUUUAAGGCAAUUAGGUUUUAAACAAACAGAAGUACCUCGUAUUCAAAGAUCACUAAGAAAUUCAGUAGUCACUCCCUAGCGAGUUCAUAUAUUUUCAAGCAGACACAGAAAGGAAAAUACUGCCCUUUGAUUUCUGAGUGGAUUGUGUUCCUCUUCCCUUGCUUGUCAGUAUGAACUGUAAUGGGAGUGACUUAAGAUCAAAAACUCACUCCUGAAGUCUUCUGACUGCUCGUCAUACAGUGCAUCAAUAAUACAUCAGAAAGAAAGCUAUACAUCCAAAGUGGAAGAGCUAUUUUUCUAGUAAUUAUGUGUAUUAAAUUAGCAGUGAGCCUUCAGUUCAAAACGUACCUACUGUCAUGUAUCCACUGAAAGUACCUCAAAUGGUAUCAUUCAUUCUUGCCUUUCCCUCUUCCCCAGAAGACAGAAACAGUGCAGCCAGCAAUUUUUAAAUGUAAGCUUGGUCAGAGGUAUGAAUUCUAUCAGACUGAUGUGAGAAUUACCAAAAAGCCUCCUAGCAGAGUUUGAAAUUGUAGUAACUGAGCAAUGUAACACAGGAACCGGGAGAUGGUGCCUUUCAAAGUAAAAUGGACUCUUCCUGUUGAUCUCAUUUAACUUACAUAGCUCAAAAAAAGCUACAUCCAAAAAGGAACUGAGUCACUGCAUCAUUUACUGCUGAAAUAACUAGCUUUGAUGAAGUUAGCAACAAACACAGAAUGCAAAAUAUUGCAUUAGAGCUUCAGCUUUCUGAAGCAAACAAACAAAAGCCUGAAGCUGGAAUGAAACCUUGCGUAACAAGAUGGACUUCUGAAUGAACGGUGUGUUACACCGUAUCUCCUCUCUCCACCUUUUCUUCAACCAACACCUUUUCUGAAAGGUGUCUGGACAAACUGCAGCUGUGGGAAGAGGAGAAAGCUGGGCAGACACCAUUCAGCUCCAGGUGAGCACUCUGGCCGUGAGGCUGCCUUAAAGAUGGAAACAAAGAGUGGCAGGAACUACUUCUCCACGUCUUAAAAGACUGAGUAACACUGUUUUUAGAGCCCAAUCAUUAGAAGUGCACGGGGUACCCCAAGUGCAUUAAGCCAUAGAAAAUACAAGAGCUGGCGUUUGGUCCUUCAUUAUGUUUCAGCGUGAUGUAAGGAACUGAUCAGUCAGCACUGCUGAAACUGAGAUAAUCUUCUAUGCAGAACUACAAAUCCCCUUAAAAAAUCUAAGGAUGGUCACAACUCUCACGUGUCUCACAUGUAAGACGGACAAAAAUGAAUUUACAGGAGCACAGUUUGGGAGUUUUAUCAUUGUUGCUAUUUAAAAACCAACACCUGCACCAAACACUUCUCUUUGGACAGAUACCACUGUCUCCUAACCAAACUUGACCACAAACUUCAGAGCCUGACUGUACCCAGCAAUCUUCUCUUGAAACAUCUACUGAUUUUCAAAGAGGCUGUAAAAGGACAAAGAGAAUAUAUAUACAUAUUUUUUACAACAAACAAAUUAGCCAACCCCAGGAAGUUAGAAACCAGCCAAUAUAGAUUUAAAUUCCUCAGCAAAUUCAAAUAUACCUGAUCAUAAGAGGUAUUUCCUGAAAAUAAUGUGAAAAAUGCCAACCAACAUGAUUUUUCAUUGACAAAUCAAACCAACUUUAUUUUCAGUUAUGUUAUAUGAAUAUGAAUAAACUGAAGAUCUCAGCUUUAUUGAGACUUCUGACAUUCUGUUCCAUUGACAUUUUUAUGAGGACACUUCCUUUUAUAAGCAACUUUAUGAGGAAACUUCAUCUGGAUAGAAACCAUAUAAAUCUGGUCCCAAACUACUUGUACCCCAAGCAUCGCUGCAAGCAGUUCAGCAUCAAACCUGCAGUUUAUAUCCUGUAAAGGGCCUCAUUUCUUUGCAUAACGGCUUAGACAUUGUAAGUAUAAACCCACACCCAACACCAUGUUUAGAGGUAAUACAAACGGAGCAAAAGUCAGCAAUGGUCUGAAAUCAUCUCAAAAAAUGUACACAUGUACUAAACAGAAAUGCAAAGUUCUGCUCUUAGCAAGAAAUAAACUGCAGAAAAAGUUAUUGUAGUAAACGUUCAGGAAAGAAACCAACAGGUAGAGUGGAUCACAAACUGCACACAUUACACCUUUGUGAGGCUGAAAAAGGCACACAGCUCUCAGAUGCACCGUUGGAAGUGCUGUCACUAAGGCAACUUGAAGAAGGUGCAACAAAUGGAGAAGAGCUGGGGAGGUGCAACAGAAAAAGGUCAUCUGUUCUGGAACUCUGAUCAAAAAAAGAAAAUAAUCUGGAUUUAUACUCCAAAAAGAAAGGAGUGAACAAAAUAGUCUUCACAUAAGAACGGUGCAAAGGAAAAAGGAUCUCUGUCCUUUAGAGUCAGAGUAAGAACACAAAACUGCAGCAAAAGAGAUUAAAAUGAGGCAUUUGAAAAACAAUAGUUAAGGGCUAGACUAGACAGAGGAAUGAGUGGCAUCCCUAUUUAAGGCUUUAGGAACAGGUUAGACAAACGUCAAGGUUGUUUUCCUAAUGGAGUACCGUGCCUCCAGGCAGGAUAACUGAGACCACAUUUUAUGGUCACUGUUGGCUCUUUAAAUCAACAGCUUUGACAUCUGCGUGACAUCAACCAACAAAUGAAAAGGUUUAGGCGAGUAGAGAUACUGCUAUAAAAGCAGGUGAGCAGCGCAGUUGUUAACCUGCUGUCAUUCCCAGGAGCGAGGACGGAACCAAAGCAGUGUGGUUUGUCCCUCCUGGUACAACACUGCUGCAAGGGAGCUGCCAAUCCUGGCUGAGAUUUUGGUACACGGCUGAACUCAAAGUAGAACUGAAAUAAAAUUUGGACUUAUUCACAUAGUGCUUGAAAGUCACACGAACACCCACAAAAUCUGUUUCUGUGGUCUAAAGUAAAGCUAAGGAGUUCAUCGGUUAACCUCACAGUCAUUUCUGAUAAAUUAGAUGUUAGUGCAAGUGUUGUCACAGAGGACAGCAUGAGCAAGAACACACACACAUCUCCCACUUAAGACUGCUCUUUUUACUAAAUCUUUACCAUGCCAAACUGCACCAUGAGAUGUUUAAAAUGCUCACGCAAUCACAGAAUGGCCGGGCUGAAAAGGCCCACAAUGCUCAUCCAAUUCCAACCCCCUGCUACGUGCAGG